AUGCCCGGUGAAGUCAUUACACAGGCGAACCCGCCAGCGCUGCCGAGCCACCUGCCAGCAUCCACACUGGAGCUCGCGCCCAAGGUGCCGCAGAAGGCUCUCGAUAAGGCGACGCUCCAUGGCUUGCAGAGUUUCCAGAAAGCGGCGUGUUAUAUUGCAGGGGCAAUGAUCUUUUUGCGAGACAAUGUGCUUUUGGAGCGUAAUCUCGAAUUCAACGACAUAAAGCCCAGGCUUCUUGGCCAUUGGGGUACUUGUCCGGGGCUCAUCCUCGUCUGGUCCCACGUCAACCUGCUGGUCCAGCGCCACGAUCUGGACACCAUUGUCGUUGUCGGCCCUGGCCAUGGUGCGCCCGCUGUGCUGGCGUCGCUCUGGAUCGAGGGUUCGCUGCAGAAGUUCUACCCCGACACGUAUGGCGCGGACAAGAAGGGCUUGCAGAAUCUGAUUUCGAAAUUCUCUGUGCCAGGAGGCUUCCCCAGUCAUGUCAAUGCGGAAACGCCAGGUGCCAUCCAUGAAGGCGGAGAGUUGGGCUAUGCUCUCGCCGUAUCGUUUGGUGCUGUGAUGGAUCGACCUGACCUGUUGGUAACAUGUAUCGUUGGCGACGGUGAGGCUGAGACAGGUCCGACAGCCACGGCCUGGCAUGCUAUCAAAUACAUUGACCCAGCUGAAUCCGGCGCCGUUCUACCGAUCCUCCAUGUCAACGGCUUCAAGAUUAGCGAACGCACCAUCUUUGGCUGCAUGGAUGACAAGGAGAUUGUCUCGCUCUUUUCUGGCUACGGAUACCAAGUCUGCAUUGUGGAAACGCUGGACAAGAUUGACCAGGAGCUUUUCAACGCCAUGGAGUGGGCUGUUGGCGAGAUCCGCGAGAUCCAGAAACAGGCCCGCUCAGGGUCGCCCAUUGUCAAGCCGAGAUGGCCCAUGAUUGUGCUCCGAACCCCCAAGGGCUGGACUGGACCCAAAAAGGUCGACGGCGAAUUCAUGGAGGGCUCGUUCCACUCCCAUCAAAUCCCUGUCCCAAAGGCCAAGACCGACGAGGGCCACUUGCACAUUCUACAGGACUGGCUCAGCAGCUACGGAGUCGAUUCUCUGCUCAAAGACGGGAAGCCUUCAGAAAGCGUGCUUUCGGCGCUACCGAAGAGCGCGUCCAAGCGCUUGGGCCAGAACAAGUUGGCGUAUGACGCGUACAGCCCUCUCAAGAUGCCCGACUGGAAAGCGUUCGGCAUCACUAAGGACAGUGCCGCCAGCAGCAUGAAGACCAUAGGCGAGCUUCUGAAGCAAGUUGCCAUUGACAAUCCAAAGUCGUUUCGCAUGUUUUCUCCCGACGAGCUGGAGAGCAACAAGCUCAAUGCUAUUCUGGAUGCCAGCGGCCGCAACUUCCAGUGGGAUCAGUACUCUCGCGCAUCGGGCGGACGUGUCAUUGAAAUCCUGUCUGAGCACUGCUGCCAAGGCUUCAUGCAGGGCUAUACGCUCACGGGCCGAACGGCAAUCUUCCCCAGCUACGAGUCUUUCCUCGGCAUUGUGCAUACCAUGAUGGCACAGUACUCCAAGUUCAACAAGGUAGCCAGGGAAGUCAAGUGGAGAGCCGACCUGGCCUCCAUCAACUACAUUGAGACGAGCACCUGGGCCAGACAGGAGCACAAUGGCUUCUCCCACCAGCAGCCGUCCUUUAUCGGCGCCGUGCUGAGCCUCAAGGCGGAGGCCGCCCGCGUCUACCUGCCCCCCGACGCCAACUGCUUCCUCUCCACCGUGGACCACUGCCUGCAGUCCACCAACAAGGUUAAUCUCAUGAUUGGCUCCAAGCAGCCGACGGCCGUCUACCUCUCGCCCGAGGACGCCGCCACGCACUGCCGAAAGGGCGCCUCCGUCUGGAAGUUUGCGUCCACCGACGACGGCGGCGAGCCCGACGUCGUGCUCGUCGGCGUCGGCGUCGAAGUCACCUUUGAAGUCAUCAAGGCCGCCGAGCUCCUGCAAAAGGUCGCCCCGAAGCUGCGCGUGCGCGUCGUCAACGUGACGGACCUGCUCGUGCUCGCACCCGAGGCGCGCCACCCGCACGCCAUGACGCGCGACGAGUUCACGAGCAUGUUCACGCGCGACAAGCCCGUCUACUUCAACUACCACGGCUACGCGCACGAGCUGCAGGGCCUGCUGUUUGGCCACCGCAACACGCACCGCAUGGCCGUCAGAGGAUACAACGAGGAGGGCACGACGACGACACCGUUUGACAUGAUGCUCGUCAACGAGCUGAGCCGCUUCGACAUUGCGCAGUGGGCGCUGGAGCGCGCGGCAGCGUUGGAUGCGGCCACGAGUGGCGGACAGGGCCAGGUGCAGGAGCAGAUCAAGGAGGUUGAGCGGCAGAAGGAUGACGUCAAGAAGUACAUUGUCAAAAACGGAGCUGAUCCGGAGGAGACGUAUAACAAAGCCCAGUUUCACUGA